GCAGCGGCAUUUUAGAGUUGGCUAAUGGAUGUGGGCGGGUCAGGGGACAAUGAACUGCUGUUCUUUGAGGAAAGUGGAGACAAAUACAACAUGUCAAUUUGUGGACUCUGGAAUAGAAAUUCGGCAGUACAUACCGGAGCAGCAGCGGCAUUUUAGAGUUGGCUAAUGGAUGCGGGCGGGUCAGGGGACAAUGAACUGCUGUUCUUUGAGGAAAGUGGAGACAAAUACAACAUGUCAAUUUGUGGACUCUGGAAUAGAAUUUCGGCAGUCUCGUUUUCCAGCGAAGAAAAGCUAGCUAGAUAGACAUGAGCAUAUCUUGCGCUCCCUAUAUUUUGUCGACACCAAACAAAAUGGCACAUAACCCUCGACCAAAAUCUGAGUUAAGGAGACCUGAUCCUGCCAUUUCACUGCUUCAACUCUGUAAAAAGGUAGAAGAGCUAAAACAAGUGCAUACCCUUCUCGUCAAGACCUCCCUUAUCAGAGAAAAACAUGCCUUUGGCCGUCUUCUUUUAUCAUUUGCCUCCUUUGAUAAUCUGGGUACUCUUGAUUAUGCUCAGAAACUGUUUGAUACCGUUGAUAUCCCAAGAAACUCAUUCAUGUAUAAUACCAUGAUAAGGGCCUACGUGAAUUGUGGUAAUCCGAGAGAAGCAUUUGUUGUUUAUUCAGAAAUGGUGUGUGAGGAUUCUGCUCGCCCUGAUGAUUUCACUUUUACUUUUGUGUUUUCUGCUUGCUCCAAGUUUAAUGCUGUUUCCGAAGGCAAGCAAGCACAUGCCCAGAUGAUAAAAUGCGCUGUUAAGUUUGGGCCCCAUUCUUGGAAUUCCUUGAUGGAUUUUUAUAUGAAGAUUGGAGAGAUAGGAACUGUGAUUCAUCGCUUGUUUGACAGAAUUGAGAAUCCAGAUAUUGUUUCUUGGAAUUGUUUGAUUGAUGGGUACGUAAAAUCAAGUAAUUUGGGUCAGGCACGAAGAGUUUUUGAUGAAAUGCCUCAAAGAGAUGUGGUGUCGUGGACUAUAAUGCUUGUCGGCUAUGUAAAUGCUGGUUUGUUGAGUGAAGCUUCUUAUUUAUUCAAUGAGAUGCCAGAAAGGAACUUGGUUUCUUGGACUGCGUUAAUUAAUGGUUACUUAAAAAUGGGAAAUUAUGGUAGGGCUCUGGAUAUUUUCAAAGAGAUGCAAAUGGCCGAAGUUGAAAUGGAUGAGAUCACUAUAACAACUUUGCUCUCUGCUUGUGCCAAGUUGGGAGCUUUGGAUCAAGGCCGUUGGCUCCACACAUACCUUGAUAAAAGUGGUGUUAAAGCUGAUGCCCAUUUAUCAACGGCGUUGAUUGACAUGUACAGCAAGUGUGGACGAAUAGACUUGGCUAGGAAAGUUUUCAAGGAAACAGAAGAUAAGAAAGUAUUUGUGUGGAACUCAAUGUUAGGAGGACUGGCAAUGCAUUCAUUUGGAGAGGAAGCUGUUGAGCUGUUUGACAAAAUGAUAAAGUAUGGAAUAGAACCUAAUGAAAUCACAUACAUCUGCAUUUUAGCAGCAUGUAAUCAUUCAGGUCUUGUUAGUGUUGGAUUGUCUCUCUUUAAUCAACUGAUCGAAGAUCAUAAACUGCAACCUAAAAUGGAGCACUAUGGAUGCCUUGUCGAUCUAUUGGGUCGUGCAGGUUUGUUAUACGAGGCAUUUCGGUUAGUUAAAACUAUGCCUUUGCAAGCUGAUGGAACUGUAUGGAGAGCCCUCCUUGGUGCUUGUAAGCUGCAUGGAAAUGUUAAGAUGGCAGACCAAGUUGGGAGAAUUUUGAUCAAGUUGGAGCCCCUAAAUCACAUGAAUUAUGUCCUUCUUUCGAAUAUAUAUGCAACGGUUAAUAGAUGGGAAAUUGUUGGAGAGUUGAGGAGAGAGAUGAAAGUGAAAGGUUUGACAAAAAUGCCUGGAUGCAGCAUGAUUGAGCUGAAUGGUGUAGUCCAUGAAUUCGUUGCUAGAGACUCUUCUCACCCCAGAAGUCGAGAGAUCUACGAAUUGUUGAAUAUAAUGACUAACCAUGCGAAAGAAUCCAUGAACUGUUAUGAUGACCUUUGAGCUAUGAAACAAAGCACUUGGUAAACACAAGCGGAUGCAAAGAAGUUAGAUGCCAGUGAUCAUACCAAUAUAAGUCACAUUUUCAGGCUCAUAUGUUGUUACUAGAUUUUGAGGUUAAAUGAAAUUCUUCCCUGAGAAAAUCUCGCUGCUAGCCAAUGAGUAUUUGAGGCAUGGCAACCUUGUAACCGGAAGAAUGUGGUGAGAGGAAGUUCAUGACAGUUUAGCUCAGUAUCAGAAAGGAGAGACAGAAGAUAUGUAAAGAGCUUCAGGAAGAUAGAAGCGCAACAAAAGUGGUGCAUAAUUCUGCAUACCUUGUAUAGUUGGAGCUUGAAGAGAGAAGCACAAUAGAGCCUCUAAGCUUGUAUAUGACUGCUUAAACUUUUUAAUACAUCAUUGCUGUGUUUCUGCUCAUUAUUUAAUAUUCAUUUAGAUAUUCGCAGUACAAUAUAAUAUUUAUGGUCUGAAGCUUUUUAUUUUUAAUAUUAAAUAUAAUUAUGCAAAUCCUAGAAUUUUGGUGCAUAAGAAUAAAGUUGUAAUUAUAUUUAUUAAUAUUUUAUAUCUUUAGCCUUUUUGAUUUGUAGAAAAAAC